GGAACACCAGGAAUGCUGCAGGUGGUAACAAAGAGGACCGGCUGCUAACGGCAAUCAAGAACUACAAGCUUUUUCCAAAAGUGAAAGUAGCUGUGCAGUUCAGUAGGACAUUUAGAGUCAUGGCUUCAAAGCAAAGGGAAAAUCUUCUGUGCCCAAUUUGCCAGGAAAUGUAUGAGAAUCCAGUUAUCCUGACAUGUGAGCACAGCUUCUGUAUCUACUGUUUAAAGACAAACUGGGCAGACAGAAAAACUACGGAGUGUCCGAUCUGUAAGAGAAGGUAUUCAAAGGAAUUACCUCCACUACACUUUGCACUAAAGAUGGAGUGUGAUGAGUUAAGAACAUUGGGAUCUGAGCUGGUCUGCAGUCUGCAUGCACAGAAACACUUCUUCUGUCUGGAUGAGCUGCAGCUGGUCUGCAGCAUUUGCAGAGAUUCUGAAACGCACAAGCACAGAUUCCAGCUCACUGAAGAAGCAGGACAGGAGUCCAAAAAAUCCCUCCAAGAUAUCCUAAAGCCCUUAAAAAAGAAACUGAGGCUCAUCCAUGAAGUGGAAGGAAGCUGUGAUCAAACUGCCAAUCACAUCAAAUAUCAGGCUGAAAGCACCGCGAGGAGGAUUAAGGAGGGGUUCAAGAAGCUUCACCUGUUUCUGGAAGAAGAGGAGGAGGCCAGGUUGAAUGUACUGAGGGAGGAGGAGGAGCAGAAGAAUCAAAUGAUGAAGGAGAAGAUCAGUGUUCUGAGCAAACAUAUUUCAGAUCUGUCAGGAAUUCUUAGAUCCACAGACAAGGAGCUGAAAGCACAGUUCCUGCUGAAUUACAAGGAAACUGUGGAAAAAAUCCAGCAGCAUCCUCUUCCUGAUGACCCAGGGCCCAUCUCAGGAGCCCUGAUAAAUGAGGCCAGACAUCUGGGAAACCUGAGCUUCAAUGUCUGGAACAAGAUGAAGGAGAUGGUCUCCUACACUCCUGUAAUCUUGGAUCCAAACACGGCCCAUCCAAAAUUCAGUCUGUCCGAGAAUCUAACCAGUCUGAGGAAGGGGGAAGGAAAGCAGGAGCUUCCUGACAAUCCAGAGAGGAUCGACCACUUAAUUUUUGUCGUUGGCUCUGAGAGUUUUAUCUCAGGAUGUCACAGCUGGGAAGUGGAAGUAGGAGACAACGGCGCUUACGUGCUGGGAGUGUUAGCAGGCUCAGAUCGGAGGAAAGGGGUCAUAUUGUCCAGACUGUGGAGGCUUAUGUUCUGCAAUGGAGAACACAAAUCAAUUUCGCCAUCAGACACAGGAUCUGACAUUUCUGUGAUGGAAAAUCCAAGAAGGAUCAGGGUUCUCCUGGACUGUGAUGGAGGAUGACUGUCGUUUUCAGACGCAGAAACUGCUGCACACAUACACACCUUAACACACACUUUCACAGACAGGUUGUUUCCAUACAUCAGCACCUGGGAUGGA